AUGUCAGUCAUCACAAAGAACAUCCCACGGGAUGUGCAGGAGCUUUUCAUCUACAUCCCCCGAGCGCGCUUAAUGUUUUGCACCGUAUGUGAGGAGGCCGUGGUGGAUAAUGGGAUCAACUACCACAUCCACACAAAAGAUCAUCGGGACAAUAUACCAAGACAGAUGACAGCUGCGGAGAUCUCAAAGUGGUUCAAGCGGCACCUAUUUCGUCACCGGAGGUUCCGUACGGUGCCCAGGAUUCUAGGGGAGCACAGUCCGCUGCCUGGCAUUACCGUGGUGGAUGGCUUCCUCUGCAAGCUAUGUGAGAUCCUGAUGAACAACGACAAGGCCAUCCGGAAGCACUGUGUCGAGGAACAUGGCUGGGAAAGCAGUCCUUGA